AUGCCUGUGCCUGUGCGCUCCGCAGUGCUGGGAGGCGUGGAGUCCCGCGGCGUGCUGAGGAAGAUCAGCGACAUGCUGGAGGUGAUCCUAAAGAGGAUGGACAGCCUGUCCAAACUGGACAACAGCAGCAGCGGCGGCGGCGGCGGCGUGGACGCGCGGCGCCUGGAUGAGCUCAGCUCCGCCAUCAGCAGGUUUCAGCCCGCCGGCCUGGUGGAAAGGAUCCAAGCGAUCGCUCAGAACGUCUCCAACAUGGCUACCAGGGUGGAGCAGAUACUGCAAAACAGCAUGCUGCAGGGAAAAGCAGUGAGAGAUGGGACGUCGAGCCAGUGUGAGGUACCGAGAGACCCCCGCUUUCCUGAGUGCCCGGGGAAAGUAGAUUGGAUGCGUGCGCGUUGGACUUCGGACCCCUGCUACGCCUUCUACGGCGUCGACGGUUCCGACUGCUCCUUCCUGGUCUACCUCAGCGAGGUGGAGUGGUUCUGUCCCCCGCUGGCCUGGAGGAAUCAAAGCAGCCCGCCCACCCAGUAUGUACCGCAGCCCAAGGCCCCCAAGAGACAGGCCGCCUUCCGCACGGACCUGUCCGUGCUGCUGGACCAGGUCGGGGCCGGGAAGGAGUCCCUCAGCUUCAUGAAGCGCCGCAUCCGCCGCCUCGCACCGCAGUGGGCCGUGGCCGCCAGCCGCCUGGAUGCAACGCUGGAGCGACGUUGGAGGGACCAGAAGAAGAUCCUGGUCCACGUGGGCUUCCUAACCGAGGAGUCUGGAGACGUUUUCAGCCCCAAAGUGCUGAAGGGGGGUCCUCUGGGAGAGAUGGUCCAGUGGGCCGACAUCCUCACUGCGCUCCACGUUUUGGGACACAACCUCAAGAUCUCCAUGUCCGUCAAGGAGCUGCAAGGGUUCCUCGGUGUGCCCCCAGGCAGAGGCAGCUGCCCACUGACCGGCCCGCUGCCCUUUGACCUCAUCUACACCGACUACCACGGCAUGCAGCAGAUGAAGCAGCACAUGGGGCUCUCGCUCAAGAAACACAAAUGUCAUAUUCGAGUGAUUGACACAUUUGGGACGGAGCCAGCUUACAAUCACGAGGAGUACGCAACGCUGCACGGCUACCGGACCAACUGGGGCUACUGGAACCUCAACGCCAGGCAGUACAUGACCAUGUUCCCCCACACGCCAGACAACUCCUUCAUGGGCUUUGUUUCGGAGGAGCUGAACGAGACUGAGAAGAGGAGCAUCCAGCAGAACAAAGUCAACAACAUGGCUGUGGUGUACGGGAAAGAGGCCAGCAUGUGGAAGCUUCAGCAGGGUAAGGAAGGUUUCCUGCAGAUUCUCCACAGGUACAUGGAGGUCCACGGCACGGUGUACUAUGAGACCCAGAGGCCUCCGGAGGUCCCGGCCUUCGUGAAGAACCACGGCCUGCUGCCCCAGCACGAGCUGCAGCAACUGCUGCGCAAGGCCAAGCUCUUCAUUGGCUUUGGUUUCCCCUACGAAGGCCCCGCCCCCCUGGAGGCCAUAGCCAAUGGCUGCAUCUUCCUGCAGCCCAAGUUUCAGCCGCCUCACAGCUCACUCAAUCAUGAGUUUUUCAGGGGCAAGCCCACAUCUAGAGAGGUGUCCUCCCAGCACCCGUACGCAGAGCAGUACAUCGGCAAUCCUCACGUCAUGACAGUGGACUACAACAACUCCCAGGAGUUCGACUCCGCCAUCAGGGAAAUCAUGAGGACCAAGGUGGAGCCAUAUCUGCCUUAUGAGUACACCUGUCAGGGGAUGCUGGAGAGAGUUCAUGCCUACAUACAGAAUCAGGACUUCUGCGCCCCUGAGCCUCCCUUCGUUCCAGCCAACUUCUCCAGACAGGUGUCGGCCGGUGGCAGCCGGAUUACAGGUUCCCUGUUUGGGCCCCGGGACAAUUCCACAGCGCUCGGCUGGGCGUCCGACGCGACGGCGCCCGCCGCCUGGCCUCCCCUCAGCUCCCUCAGACUGCUCAUAUCUCAGGAGGGCCAGUCCUGUGUGGAGGCGUGCCACUCGGAGGGUUUCACCUGUGAGCCCGCUCACUUCCGCUUCAUCAACAACAAGGAGGCGCUGCGAGGGUUGAAGGUGCAGUGCGAGGUAGUCGACUCCGAGGCCAACCACAUCCUUCCAGCCUUCUCGGCGGCACGGCGGGAGUGUGGCCUCCAGCGGGAACCCCUCCUCUUCAGCUGUGCGGGACACUCCCCCAAAUACAGACGCCUUUGCCCGUGCAGAGACUUCCGCCGUGGCCAGGUGGCUUUGUGCAGAGACUGCCUACAAUGAGGGGGGGGGCGGGGCGGAUGGG